AUGCCUCAAGAUCAAUCCUCAAGUCGGCACAGGAUCAAUGGAGAUGACGAUGUCCCUGACGGCUCCGGUUCUGGAUCCAAGAAACCGCCGAAGGGCGUACCGGUAUUGCCGGCUUCUCAGAGGAAGUUGAGACAUCUCACUGGUAUCACGAUCAGAAAUAUCUCCGUGCCGGAUACUACACCGUCCAAAGCGCGAACGCGGCCGUCAUUCUCGACAAUAACAUCUUCCAGCACCGUCACCUCACCAAUGCGUCCAGGCCUCGGCUCACUCAGACGACGCUCCACACGGGUCGGUAUGAGCGUGGAUGACUUAGCCGACUCGGUCGUGAGACAGGCGAAGCUAGAAGAUGCAAUGAAGGGAAGAUUGGUGGAUGCGUUCUUUUCCAUCUCUGUGAAGGUGGAGGAAGGGACGGAGGAGGUGGUGUACGUGAGUGAGAAGGUCGAGCGUACAAUGAAUCCUACGUUCUCGGCAUUCGAUCUGUCAUCGGCCUCGAUCCCCACAGCCCUAUCACGCGCAACAACGGUACUACUUCGCAUAUUCACCCGACUCUCGACAGGUGCGAGCAGGUGGUCGAUCCUGAUGGAUCUGAAGUUGUCCCUAUGCUGCUUGAAGUAUCUCGGAAAGAAUCUCACUUCACUGUCAUCACCAUUACCGCCGAAUACUCUGGUUUUCACGUUACGACCCGAUGAAGGCGUAUAUACCCUCCCAGCCUCGAACGCAAUUUCAGACGUACACGACGACAUGGUCGGACCAACCAAAGGCAUUGCGAAGCACAAAUCAUAUUCGUCUUCAUCGCUUCUCAAUCUUCUUACACUCGAUCACUGCCUCGUGGACGCAUGUGCUUCACUCGAUACCUUCCGGAAUCAGAUCGCCACUGAUGUGCAUGAACCGUCGCAUACUUUGCCAUUGGAGAUUUCCGAGCGUGCGGCGGCGUUGGAAGAUUUACAAUGGGCGGUCGCGAGGGAGAAGACGAAGGUGAAGGAGAUGAAAUCGCGGGUCGCAAGCCUACGGGCGAAUAUCGCCGAACGACGAUGCACGCUCGCGGCAGCUUAUGAGAAAGACGCAAAAGAUCGCUCAGAGCUACAAUCAAUACACAGCACCCUCGCCGAACGACGACUCCCCAUCUCAGAAAUCCACCGCCUCAUCACCAAACGCCGCGCAGACCUCAUCCGCGGUCUCUGUGCAAUAUACCCAAUCGCCCCCAUCCCAAACGCAGUCCUCUCCUUCGCAAUCCGCGGCCUCCUCCUCCCCGACGCAGAAUCCGCCCUCGCUGAAACCCUCCCCGACGAGAACCUCGACACAGCCUACGGCCACGUCGCACACUUCCUCCACCUCCUCUCCCGCUACCUCUCCAUCCCGCUCCGCUACCCCCUCGACCCCCUCGGCUCUCGCUCCAGAAUCCGUGACAACACCGGCAUAUAUAAUAUCUCGGCUCUGAGAUGGUUUCCGCUGCAUAGAGGUGGAGCGAAUAGUGUCGAGAGGGACCGAUGGGAUUAUGGAGUUUUUCUGUUGGGGAAGGAUGUGGAGCAGGUUAUGGGGGAGGUUGGGUUGUUGGUUGUGGAUUUGAGGCAUAUGGGGGCGAAUUUGAGGUGGUUGGCGUUGUGGGUGCAGAGUAUGGUUGAGGAGAGGGUGGAGGAGGAUGGAGAGGGAGAGGGUGUAAGGCAGGCUGAGGUAGGGUAG